GAACAAAAAUGGGAACGAGAAACUUCUAGGGAUUCUAGAGCCCGAAACUGUAGAAAAUCUGAGCCCGAUUCCAUAAACGGGUCUGAAAAUUCCGGAUAAGAUAUCCAUUUUCUCCUCCUAUCUUCCUAAGCAGCCUUCUCCAACCAUCAGAAGCAACAGCAGCAGUCAGCCAUGGCGACAGCAGCUUCCAUGGAUUUCGCUACUACUUUCUUCGGCUUUGCAAAACGACAGGCAAACGCUCUACGAAUCCAAUCCUCAGUCUUUCCCUUUCCACGGAAACUCUCUCCUCACAACACCUUUACCACAACAACAACAGCAACACUGCCUUCCAUUUCCCUGAAAUCAAUCCGUCUCCCAAACAGUCACAGCUUCUUCUUGAAAUCCUCGCCAUUGCCUUCGAAGAAGACGGGACAGCUUCGGAGAUUCAGGGCAUCAGCUGCGGCGACUCAGAGCGAGAGCUCGGAUGUUCUUACGAAGAUUCCUCCCGAUGAUCGCAUUCCGGCCACCAUCAUUACUGGAUUUCUAGGCUCUGGAAAGACGACUUUACUGAACUAUAUUUUGACUGCUGAUCAUGGAAAGCGCAUAGCAGUGAUUGAGAAUGAGUUUGGUGAAGUUGACAUUGAUGGUUCAUUAGUAGCUGCUCAAACUACUGGGGCUGAAGACAUUAUUAUGCUGAAUAAUGGUUGCUUAUGCUGCACUGUGAGGGGUGACCUGGUUCGUAUGAUUGGAGAGUUGGUUGAUAAGAAGAAAGGGAAAUUCGAUCAUAUUGUAAUUGAGACUACAGGCUUAGCAAAUCCAGCACCGAUAAUCCAGACAUUCUAUGCAGAGGAUGUAGUUUUCAAUGAUGUUAAGUUGGAUGGAGUCGUUACCUUGGUCGAUGCAAAGCAUGCGGGUUUUCACCUAGAUGAGGUUAAGCCCAAAGGAAUAGUCAACGAGGCAGUGGAACAAAUUGCAUAUGCAGACCGCAUUAUAGUGAACAAGACUGACCUUGUUGGUGAGCCAGAAAUUGCUUCCUUGAUCCAGCGGAUAAAGAACAUCAAUCGGAUGGCUCAUCUGAAGCGGACAUCCUUUGGUAAAGUUGAUCUGGAUUAUGUUCUUGGGAUUGGGGGCUUUGAUUUGGAAAGGAUAGAGAGUGCUGUCAAUGCUGAAGGUUCGAAGGAUGAUCACGAUGAUCAUGAUCACAAGCAUGACCAUCAUCAUCAUCACCAUGAUCAUGAAGAACAUGACCAUAAACAUGAACAUCAUGCUGAUCACCAUGCCCAUGAUCACACUCAUGAUCCUGGUGUUUCUUCUGUUAGCAUAGUUUGUGAAGGGAGCUUGGAUCUCGAGAAGGCUAAUAUGUGGUUAGGUACAUUAUUAUUGGAACGCAGUGAUGACAUAUAUCGUAUGAAGGGUCUCCUUUCUGUUGAGGGUAUGAAUGAGAGAUUCGUCUUUCAGGGAGUUCAUGAUAUAUUCCAAGGUUCUCCAGAUAGAUUGUGGCAGCCGGACGAACAGAGAGUCAACAAGAUUGUAUUUAUUGGAAAGAAUUUGGAUUCAGAGUCCUUAGAGAAGGGCUUCAAAGCCUGUUUGCUGUGAUUUGAUGACGGCCCACCAAAGGGGACGAAUACCGUUCAGUUUGUUAUGAAUGGAGAGUAUUGGACGACUUUAUCCUCCAUGACAAACCCACAUACUAUUUUUCCUGCAACUGCGUGGUGAUCAACUGCCCUUUGGGAUAUUGGGAUUUUGGAUGUCGUGAUCAAAACCACAUGGCACGUAUUUUAUAAAUAACCAUUCAUAUAGUUUUAUCA